GGUAAAUUUUGACGGCCAACUCAAAGUGCGAUCCGAAGGCCCGCGCUUGAAUAGGACAAGAUCACGCAGUCGUGGGCGAAUAGCUUACAAUGCACACUCUAGUUUCAUUAGGAAUGGAGAUGUGCGAAGCGUCUUCAAUUUCCACUGAAGAUGCAGAUUGAUUAAUUUCAACGAAACCCGUAGACCUAUCUAAUCGAACUAAUGCUAGCUAAUCCUAACCUAUAAGAAGCACCUCAUGCGCACGGCAAAUAUGGUUGCCUUCUAACCUCUACCUAUCAAGCAUUCCCGCAGAUUUGCCCAACAUGAAGUAUUCGACUUUCAUAAUUAGUUUGGCGACGACGGCUUCGGCCACCGUCUACUAUGCUGGUGUCGCCGAGUCGGGUGGCGAGUUUGGUGUAUGGAGUGCUGAUGCCAAGAAGGGCACUGGCUUACCUGGGACCUUUGGCGUCGACUACCAAUUCAUCGAUAAGACCGGGAUCGACGUCCACGUGGACCAGAACCACCUGAACCUCUUUCGCAUAGCCUUCUUGCUUGAGCGAAUGGCGCCUGUUGAGACUGGUCUGGGGAAGACGUUUAACGAGACUCAUUUCGAUCACUUCAAAGAGGCGGUCGACUAUGUGACGGUCACCAAGGGUGCCUAUGCCAUCUUGGAUCCUCACAACUACAUGCGAUACAAUGAUCCGUCGUCCCAACCCUACUCUGGUAGCGUGAUCGGUAACAUAUCGGACUCUACCGCCGCCACGACCGAGCAAUUCGGGGAGUUCUGGGGCGAGCUCGCUAAGCGGUUCGCGGAUAACGAGAAAGUCAUCUUCGGACUGAUGAAUGAACCGCACGAUAUGGAAACUAGUCUCGUGCUGAAAAACAACCAGGCUGCAGUUGAUGCCAUCCGUGCCGCGAAUGCUAGCAAUUUGAUCCUUCUCCCUGGAAAUAGCUGGACUGGAGGUCACGCGUGGACUCAGGGCCCGGAUCCGAAUAGCGCGAUUAUCCAGGACUUCAAGGACCCUCUAAACAACACAGCAAUCGACAUUCACGAAUACCUCGACGUGGAUUAUAGUGGUAGUCAUAGCGAGUGCGUGAGCGACCCGGCGACAAACUUGGCGGAUGUGACGGCGUGGCUAAAGGAGAACAAUCUUAAAGCUUUCAUCACCGAGUUCGGCGGACACAACAACACAGGAUGCGAUGACAUGUUGACAGACUUCAUCAAAUAUAUGGACGAUAAUGACGUGUAUAUUGGAUGGACGGCGUGGGCAGCUGGCCCAUUCUGGGGUUCUGCCAGUCCGUGCUGCACAGAUUCUAUGAACUACGGCAGUUUCGAGCCUGGGAGCAAGGCUGCUGACGGUGGCCCGGGUCUGUACGAUACCGUCUGGCUGAAGGUGCUACAACCACUUGUUCCGAGCAAGCUACAGUGGGAGGGUCAGGCGAGUGUAGCAGGAGGAGAGUUGACCGAGUUCCCUGCGUAAGCGCGGCGCUUCAGCUGCACCUAAUUGGAAUCCCACAUUUCUAUCGGCGAUACCUUCGGAAUGACUGUUGCGAUUUGUUCAUCUGUUCAAAGCUGAACGGCGAUUAAUAAAAAUGCCUCUCCCCUUUUAUCUUGGUUGGCUUGGCUUCUUCGGACCUCCUACGUAAGGGCUUCAAUCGCCGAUUUACACAAUCCCACGUGUACCGCCAUAAUGCAACGUCAAAAUCGGUG